CUAACCCUGCAGUUCGGGAUUUGAUCCAGAGGCAACUCCUUGGACUGCACUAAACUCUGUCGAUCCCACAGGCAUGCCGGGCGCUCAUGGAUCCCGGUCCGCAGCGAUUCCGUUGUUCUGGCCGCGCAAUUCUGAUGCCACUUGACCAUUCCUCUUUCUCACCUUCUCAGACCCCUCGUUAUGGCAUUAACAGCACCAGCCACCGGCCGAGAACAUUGGCUGGAUGGCCUUCGUGGCAUUGCAGCCGCCAUCGUGGCCUGGUUUCACUUCACUGUGUGUGAGAUGGGACCCCCUUACCGGUCCUUUUGGUCCACUCCUGCCGAAGACAAUCGACGCUGGUUCCAGCUGCCACCCUUUCGCCUGCUCUUCGCAGGUCAGGCCAUGGUCCUGAUCUUCUUUGUCAUAUCUGGAUAUGCCGUGUCGAUCUCCAUCGUCCGACUCCGCGAGGAAGCCCCCACCCACUUCUAUCGAAAACUGACCUACUCCGUUUUGCGCCGCGGGUUUCGGCUUUAUAUUCCCGUCCUGGUCUUAUGCCUUCUCUCCCAUGCGGCUCUUUACACUGGGCUCAUGGACUGGACCCCCGGUAACCCGAAGGAGGGAUGCCCUGGAGCGGAGCCUUGAUCAGCACUGGGGGCUCAUCUCCGCUGUCUGACCAUGACCUUUCUGGCGGCCCUCGAUCUUAGUGGGCCCUUUUACGUGACGGGGUAUAACCUUCAUCUAUGGACGAUCUCGCAUGAGUUCCGAUGCUCGCUGGGGAUCUACUUCGUGAUCCUUGGCCUCGCGUCCGUCAAGGAUCAGGUGCGGCUGGUGAGA